UCAGCGGGAAACCAAAAUGGCGAACAUGCUGGGGGAAAACGAACCGUUUGUUAUCUUCUGACGGAGCGACAGCCUCGCAAGUUUCCGCGACAUACUUUUGAAAUUAUCUCAGAGUAGAAAAGAAGCGGGAUAGCAGCGGCCUGGAGCGUGUUUAGGUCUUCUGGUGUACGAGUCGUUGUGGAGCAGAGGGGACCGAUGAGAGACUCCGGGGUUGUAGAUCACCUGUCUGCCCAUCACAGAGCUCUCCCCCAGCGGCAGCAGCAGACUGUGUCCUUGUCCCCCACAAGCCUGUCUGCUAGGGGGGAGUAUGGAGAGGACGGCAUGUCGGACAGGUUCACAGAAGGACAGGACGUCUUGGCCAGGUGGUCAGAUGGCUUGUUUUACUUGGGGACAAUCACCAAGAUAAAUCGGGAGAAGCAGCGAUGCUUUGUUGUUUUUGAGGAUCGUUCAAAGUCUUGGGUUCUGUGGAAGGAUAUUCAGACAGGGGAUGAAGAUGAAGAAGAUGAUGAGGACGACGACAUUGUGUGCUCUAUAUGCCAGGAUGAAACUUCAGAUGAACCCAAUGAAAUUGUCAUUUGUGACAAGUGUGGACAAGGCUACCAUCAGCUCUGCCACUCCCCCAUCAUCGACGCCUCUGUCAUUGACUCAGAUGACAAAUGGCUCUGCUCAAACUGUGAGCUCACUUCUAUGCCCAAGAGGGGGGCUGCACACAUGAGGGGAGCCUCUGCUAAGGGCUUUGUGAAGCAGGAGGAGCAGGAGCAUACGGGGCUGCAUCUGUCUCUCCCAUACGCUCUGGACGAGCUGGUUUGGGACGCGGGCCACAAGACUAACACCCAACAGUGCUACUGCUACUGUGGAGGUCCAGGAGAUUGGUUCCUGAAGAUGCUGCAGUGUAACGGGUGUCUGCAGUGGUUCCAUGAGGCGUGUCUCCAUUGCUUACAGAUGCCCAUGCUCUAUGGAGACAGGUUUUACCUGUUAAUUUGUUCCGUUUGCAAUGGUGGACCAGAGUACAUCAGCCGACUGCCUCUCACCUGGGAGGAUGUCACACACCUGAGCCUGUACAACUUGAGUGUGGUCCACAAGAAGAAGUAUUUUGAUUCAGAGAUGCACCUCAUGUCUUACAUCAAUGAAAACUGGGAGCUGCUGCAGCUGGGGGAGCUGGCUAACACUCCCCGAUCACAGCGAUAUGGAAGAGUUCUGGAGGCAUUAAACAACAACAGUAGCAUAUUCAAGUCAGGCAAGGAGGUAAAGAAAAAGAAGCACUUGUUUGGGCUGAGAAUCCGUUUCCCUCCUGCUCCCCCCAACUCUGAUGUGCCAACCGGCAGAGGGAUGGAGAGGGCUUCACAUGAGAUCACCAUCAAGGGAUGCAAGUCCACCAAGACCCUAUCUGGCAUGAGGGCUUUAACCAACGGCAAAGAGAAGAAGAAAAAGAGGAAGCAAGGAGCACGUUCACUGGAGACUCUGGCUAAACCACAGCGCAGUGAACUCUUAUCCCAGGAUGUAAGAAAGCCUCUGCCACUAGAUCCCAACACAUUGGAUCACUUAACCUCUAUCAAGACUGAGAGGUCUCUGCUGUCAACUUCAGAUGUGGAAUCCAUAGGAGCCCUGAGCACCACAGAAACUACCUCAACUAGCAUUUCUAGACAGUCCAGCUGUAGCUCUAGCAAGGCACGAACGACAGCCUGCAUCAUGCCUGUUUCCGCUCCACCCUUAAAGAGGAAACGUGGGCGGCCACGACGUGCCCUGCAGCCCCCCAACCCAGAGAUCCCCCCUCCCAGCCACGCAGACUCAAACCCCUCGGCUACGGAGAUGAUGAGCCCGCUCCCCGGGCUUCACUCCACAGACAUAGUUCACGGCAUGGACCCCAACAGCCAGCUCUCCCACCUCAAGAGCUCCAUCAGCAGCUAUUUCGGAGCAGCAGGGCGACUGGCUUGCGGGGAAAAGUACAAAGUCCUGGCACGACGAGUCACCCUUGACGGCAAGGUGCAGUACCUGGUGGAGUGGGAGGGAGUCACUGCCUCCUAGACUUGUCGAGUCGUCAUCACUUCUAACUUUUAACCAGCGCCUGAAAGAGGUUCAUGGCUGUGCUGAGGACACGAGUUCACAGCCUGUAUUCAGAGCAUUAAUUGAUAUAUGCCUUUGUUUAGUUUAGACGGGAGCUGUUAAGCUCACUGCAAAGCCUACUGGUUCAGUGCACAUUUAACAUUUUUCCUUAUGUGUUAAAAAGAUUACAAUUAUUUGACGAAGAGAAGGAAUUGUUGUUAUACCACACCAUAUUUUAGUUAUUCUGCUAUUAACUUUCUUUAUUUGCUUUGAAUGUUUACAGAAACCUUGUUUAUUCAGGGGCACAUAUUUGAUCGGUGCACUGCAUCUGUAGGCUUACAGUGAAUCAUUGUACUUUAUUUUUAAUCCAGUGAUAUGCUUUUCAUUUCCAGACCAGCUAAGUACGAAACUGUACGUUGUUUUUUUUGACAGAAUGUUGUUGGUCGGACAUUAAAUGGUUAAUCUUUGAGGAUAAGAGGGAGGGACACAUUUAAAACAAAUUCAUUAAUUUCACUACUGCAAUGACCAAUUACAUAAUUAUAUUUAGUUACAUUUAUUUUCUGACCAAUUUGGUAAAUGUGUCAAUUUACAACCGUGUUCCCUCCUUUAGUCUAGGAGUACGUCGCGUUGCCUUGGGCAGAGAUAUCCUUCUGUGGAACUCAAAACAAAAGAGAUGUGCUGCACCCAAAUUUUUGUUUUACAUAGAAUUAUACUACAUUUUAUUAUUAGCCUUUUCUCAUAAGUCUUUUUUUCUGUUCAGCAUAAUUAUUAAUUGCACAUAUCAAAUUAUAUCUUUUUGAUUAGAUAAUUUGAGCUGUUUAGCUCCUACAAGGCAGUAUUUCCAUGGUAAAGUUCUUUAAACCCCUUUUUAUGUUGGUCAUAGCUCCCAAUUUAAAUUUAAAUGUGAGAUUCUAAAAAUAACAUUCUCCAAAUGAAGUGGGAUUUCAGUGUAUAAAUGUUCAGAAGCAGAAAAACAAGAGGACUUAUAGUAAAUUUUGACUAUUCUUAAAAUUAAAUACAUACAUUUUGUUUUCUUGGUAAAGUUUUUUUUACAAGAAUGUCAACUGCCUUAGUUAAAAUUAAUUAACCUUUAAAACAAUUUUAUUUUAAAUUGAUUAAAAUGACUUAACUGUUGACUGAAAGGACCUAUUUUGUUUUUACUUUGUCUGAUAGUUAUGAAAAAAUAAAGUUCUGCAUAAGAUGAAUGCUGUUUACCCAGUUUCCAUACUUAGAGUUACGAAGUUCUUUGCUUUUUUUUGUUGUUGUGCUGCCUAUGCAAGUUAGUCCUUGAUAAUCGAGUUGUCCAGUCAUAUAAUGGACAGUACGGCGUGAUUAAGGGGAGCUUCAGCAUUAUUAUGAUGAUUUGACCCCCGUCUUUAAAUUGUGUGUGUGACUGGUGCAAAGAUGCACUUGAACUCGGUUUUACAGUCAAGUUGACCUUGUAGUGUACACACUCAGGAUAUGUCCAAAAAACGUCACUGUAUUACAAAGGCCUGCAUUUGCAGCUAGGCAGGAGGUUUAGAUAUAAGUUAUUCACUCAGUGUUUUUGGUCAGUAUUUUUAUAUUGGGUCCUCCAUUUUACUUUGGACCAUAUGUAUGUAAACUUUUUUUUAUUUUUUCUAAAUGAGCAAAAUCAUUUGUAGUCCAUUUUUACUGCAACACUUGCUGGUUUAAUCUGAGUCAGAAAAACAGUCACUGGAAAACUAAUAUGCUGUAUGUCAUUGCAUGAGGUAAAUGUUCAUUUAGUUCAGCUGUCACUUUUUGCUGGUGUUUGCUAUGUUUUGUUUAAAAUGGACAGAGCUUUUUGCCAUUAAUACCUCUUCAUUGUACGGAUGUAGUCUGUGUAUGUAAAGCUCCUCUCCUCUGUUCAGCCUGUCUCAGCCCACAUGUUGAGACCACUGGCUUCCAGCAGGCUUCUUCUGUAGCCAAAGAACAUACAUGUGACGUCUGCUCUGUCUCUUGAGAUUCUUAUUACAUUUUUAUACAUCAUUAUAUAGUUUGACGUGAUACUUCUGAACCUGUUUAGUUAAAGGAUAAAUAAAA